AAAUUUGCGAUCAGCAAAAUAUUCGUUGUUCCAGAAGAUGCUGUUUAUGCUCGUACGAUUUAUGGUACUGAAUACGCUGAUAGGCUUUGGGGCCUUCCUCAAGCAGUAACAUCUACGUUUCCAAGUCUUGACAGCAGUGCUACAAUGCAAAAAGCUGGACGAUUGUUCGGGAAUGGUAUCAGCAGAUAUAUUGAUUCCGCUGAUCCAAGAUGGAACAAUUUAAAUACUUCAUGCAUCCUUGAAGAGCAUGAGAUUCAGUGCUAUGCACGGCAACUCAGCAAGGAUGAGUUCUACCAACAAUUAAUUGCUGAUCGAGAUCGAAUCAUGAAAUCAUGUAUUCGAAGGUUUGCGAAAAAAACUGUUUGAAU